AAAUCUUGAGAUAUCUUCAUGUAGAAAGUUGGAGUCAUUCUUUACAACAUCUGUAGCUAAGACUUUGACUUCAUUGGAAAAAUUAAAAAUAUCAGAGUGUCAUGGUUUGAAGCAUAUAGUAGCUGAUGAUGACAACACAAAAAGAAGUAAAGAUGAAUUCACAGAUGAACAUUCCGUGCAAUCCAGAAUUUUCCAAAAUCUUCAAGAAGUGAGAAUAUAUAACUGUAGAGAAUUAAAACAUGUGUUCUCAGCCAGUAUUACAGGAGGCCUAACGCAAUUGAAAAUGUUUUAUAUUGAACAUUGCGAUAUGCUAGAACAAAUAAUUGAGGAAGUUGUUCCACCAACAGCACACCGCGAAGAAACAGACGAAAUUGUGAACAAUAGCUCAGGAUCCUUUUAUCUGUCUAACCUGACAAAUCUUGAGAUAGAUUCAUGUCCAAGAUUAGACUCAUUGUUUACGACAUCUGUAAUUAAGACUUUGAUUUCAUUGGAAGAAUUGAAAAUAGUUGAAUGUCAUGGUUUGAAGCAUAUAGUAACUCCUACAAGAGUGAAAAGAAAUAAAAACAUGGUUGAAGAUGAGCAUGAUUUUGAAAGUGAUCUUUCAAUGUUCCCAAGUUUGAAAUCUGUAAGGAUCUUGUUUUGUCACUCGUUACAAGAUAUAUUGGCAACACCUGUCAAUGAGUGUUUUGAAAAAUUAGAGGAGGUGUAUAUAAAUGAUUGCCCACAAUUAACAUAUCUCUUCACAUAUGUCAUUGCUCAAGGUAUGACGGAGUUGAAAAUAUUACACAUAUACAAUUGUGACAUAUUAAAGCAUAUAAUAACAGAUGAUGACAAAACAAAGAAAAGUGAAGAUCAAUUUACAAUUGAACAUUCAAGAAUUUUCCAGAAUCUUCAAGAAGUGAAUAUAUAUAAAUGUGGAGAAUUAAAACAUGUAUUCUCAGCCAAUAUCACAGCAGGCCUACCUCAAUUGAAAAUACUUGAGAUUGGAAAAUGUAAUAUGUUAGAACAAAUAAUUGAGGAUGAAAUUGUUGCUGAAGAUGAGUAUCAGCAUUUUGAAUCUAACCAAGUCAAAGUUUCUGCUAAAAGCAUUUCAAUUCCAUCAGUAUCUAUUGUGAACAAUAGCUCAGGAUCAUUUUCUCUGUCUAGCCUUGCAUUUCUUUGGAUAGAUGCAUGUCCAAUGUUGGAGUCAUUGUUUACAACAUCUGUAGCUAAGACCUUGACUUCAUUGGAACAAUUGAAAAUAUCUAAGUGUCAUGGUUUGAAGCAUAUAGUAACUCCUACAAGAGUGAAAAGAAAUAAAAACAUGGUUGAAGAUGUGCACGAAUUUGAAAGUGAUAUCUCAAUGUUCUCAAGUUUGAAAAGGGUACAUAUCUUGAAAUGUGGCUUGUUGCAAGAUAUAUUCGCAACGCCUUUUGUUGGAGGUAUCGUGAAUAAUCAAAACCAUUUUCCCACCCAACAAACUCUAUGCAUGAGCAAUGCCAACAAUGGAGAUUGGAUUAUGAGAGAACAAGUCAGUUUUAAGUUAGAACAUUUGUGGUUGAAAAAUCUACCUGAAAUGAGUCAUAUUUGGGUGGCUACCAGCAACUCAUUUACCCUCCAACAUCUCAACUCAUUCAUAAUACAAGAAUGUGAAAAAUUGGAAGUAGUAUUUCCUCAGUGUAUGUUGAGAUGCCUACCAGAGUUGAUUCAUCUACAUGUAACAAAAUGCGAUGAAUUAAGACAGAUCAUUGAAGAGGAUUUGGAGGAUAAGAAGAUUUCACCACAAUUAUGCUUUCCCAAACUAAAAUCAUUAUUUAUUCAAGAAUGCCAUAAGUUGAAAUGUUUCACCUCUUUAUUUGCAUCCAAUGAUCUUUCCAACUUGAAAAUUCUAUUCAUAAUGGAAGCUACUGAUCUACAAGAGUUUAUUGCAUGCGAACACGAUGAGACAGGAAAUACCAAAGUUGAACUGUCGCAGCUGAAACUUAUAAUAUUUAUAAAUCUUUCAAAUUUUCACCAAAAGACUAUAUUUUCAAAUGUAAAGGAUCGCAUUAUCCGCAAUUGUCCAAAACUCUCUUUGACUUCAACAACUACUCUUCAAGAGCUCCAACAACAAAAUCUUCCUUUGGAAGGUUUGGAAGACACUCAAAUUUCUUUGUCGGAUUUUGAGUCACUGAUAUAUGAACAAGAGAAUUUAGAUGGAGUUUGUACAAGCAACACUUCCACUGAGUUGCCUUCUUCACAGAUCAAUGAAAAGUUAGAUAAGAAAUUCAUUGAGAAUGAUUAUGGUCCAAAGGAACUGGCUCAUGCAACUUCAAUAAAUUCAAAGGUGGAUGAAAAGUCUAAUAGUGAAACAUAUGCACAAGAGUUGGUGGAUGCAAAAUCAACGGCUGGAUCACACUUGCCAGACCAACAAAAUCAAUUUGGACAAACUCAAAGUACCAUCAAAAUGUCUCAGCAGGAACGGGAUCCUACGCUAAAAAACACUUCUCCCCUUCAAAUGAACCGUGAUGAUCCAUCUACAUCUCAAAUUAAACCAUCUUCUUCACAAGUCAAUGAUAACAAUCAAUCUAUGUUGGAGAGCACAGUUGAAAUGGUAGGUCAACAUAACAAAGUUGAAACCAAAACACUGGUGUCUGAAAUACAAGAGUUCCAAAAAAUAGACAGAAAAAGUGAAAUGGCAUCAGAUUUACAAGCUAUGGAGCAAAAUUUUCCAAUAAUUUCUUCUCCAAAGGUGACUCAGCGUACUGAUGAAAUAGAGGCAAACAACAUUGGAAAAACUAUGACAUCAGAUAAACUUGCAAUACCAACUUCUGUUUUAGAGAAUAUUGAGGAAAUAGGAAGAGAAAGGAGCAGAGAUGGAGCUGCAACAGAGGGAGCUACAAUUAAAACCUUGCCAAUUGGUGGAGAUAACAUUAGCUUGGUUAAUGGUGUUACAAUUCCCAACCCAAGCGGUGCAAAUAUACUUCCACAAGAUUCCCAGGUUGUUAAACAAGAUAAUGAGAUGAAUGAAGACAAGACAGAAAUAGCAUCAUAUAAAAAUAUCAAAAUCCAAGAAGGGGUGAACUUGUUGGAUAAAACAGAGGGAAUAGGAAUUGUUUCUAAUAAUAACGUUGUGAUUACUCCAGCUUUUGCAGAUACUCGUACAAGAUUGGAAAAGUAUAAGCACUUUGUUGAAAUGAAUGAUUCACAAAUUUCUCUGCUAGUGGAGGCAAUAGAAGCAUAUCCUCAUCUUUGGAAUGCUUGUGAAAAGUUCACUGAUCGCUUUCGAGCUUUUAUGUUGAAAACAUUGGCAGAAAUGUUGUUGUUCCUUCGAAGUGAAAGUGUUGGCAGUGUUAAUUCUGAGAGAGAAAAGGAGUUCCUUAAACUAUGUGAUGAAGCUGUUCAACUUGGAUUUGAGAAGUCGUGGGUUGAUGAAAUGCGUCAACGUGUUGUGGGAAGGGAUCCUAAGUUGGAGCAUGCAAAGGCACAAAUGGGUGAGCUUCUUAAGAGACAUGAUGAUUUAAUUGAGGAACUAGACAGUAUAAAGACGCCAAUCGAUGAACUUCUUAAGAGACACAAUCAUUUAACUCAAGAACUACACAAUUUGAAGAAACAACUUAGAACUCUUCAUGACUUUUUAAAUGUUCCCACAAAAAGUUUCGACUUUUUGUGAUACAUUUCGUCUGAUUUGCAAUUCUUCUAAGAAUGAGUGUUAUGUCGUUUUUUUUACUUCUUGAAGCAUGGUUUGAUAUAUAUUU